UCGCCAUGGAGAUUGAGAUCGAGAUCCGCGCCAUCUCGGGAGAGCUGGAGAUGUCCUUCACCAUGUUGGACACCGAGCACUUCCGGGAUUUGCAGCAGCGCGUUAUUCAGCAGCUGACCUCUGAGAGGGGCCUGCCACGACUGCUGCUGGAGGGGCAAGCCUUAGAACCGCCUGCAAGGAGCUCCUUGAAGUCCCUGGGCAUCCUCCCUCCAAAGGGAGUUUUCCAACUGAUCCGGGUGCGACCGCCUGCGGAAUGCGUUUGUUCAUACCACGCGGCCAUCGGUCAAGAGGGUUACCAUGUGCACGACAGCUUCUUGCGACAGGUGCCAAGUGUGGAUCCCAAGGCCUUUUACAUUUGUUGGCGUAGAUCUUUUUCGGAGAAAGGAGGCAGCUUUCACGGGCACAUCAACUUGAUCCGCAACAAGGUCUACCCUACAGGUUGCAGUCUGCGAGAGGAGGUCGUGCUGAACACGACCAGGACUGUGGCGACUGCUCAUCAAAUAAAGGACCAGGCGAUGCUGUUCAGGAUGGAAGCCGAUUACUUGCAGCGUGGUCCUGCCACACUGGCACUUCUUGGUGGCAAGGCUUUGAUGAAUGUCGUCUCAUCCUCCGGCACAUCACAUCUACGUGCAAGCGGCCCCACUGUUGAGCUGGUGCUGGUGCAGCCUGGUCAGUCGGAGCGGCAGGUGAUGUGGAGACACGCGGAGGAUGAGAAGCUCAUGGCAGCGUUUGAAGGACGACUGCAGAUGCAGAAGUUCUAUGUGACCGAAGACCAGCGCACUUAUGCGGUUGGUUCCAGAACGAACCACAACGGAGGUCCUAUGGCUGGCCGAGUGAUUCUUCGAUGUGAUCUUGACUUGGAAUGGGGGAGACUGUCUUUCCCAGAAUGGGCAGAUGUAGAGAAGUGCGGCCCCCUUUCUGAAAGCAGCUCUGGUGGAUUUGCGGGUAGCGACAAGGAGGGAAAGCGCCUUUACUUCUUUGAAGAGCACUCAGGUUAUGAACAGCUGACGAUCUACAGCAUCUCAACAGAGACCUUGGGUGAGCGAGUGGAGGUGCUUCUCCCAAAGUUCGACUUCGAGAAGGAGAAUGGUGAUACGAAAUGGGUGGUUCUGGAUCCCAAGACGGAGGAUCUUUAUUUCCUCCACGACUUUGCCUUGCAAUAUGCCAGCCUGGCCACCGACGACGAUUCCGACGCGGAGGUGACAGAGGCGUUGGGCGGGCCGACCUGCAGCGUCUAUCGCGUGCGCUGCAAUCCUGACGCCGAGCUGGGGAGACGGUAUGAAUCCUCCAGCUACGACUUGAUUUGCCAUGUGUGCCUUGAAAUCGAUGGCUUCUCAGACUCCUUCUCUGUGGCGUUGGCUGCAUACGAUUCGGACCAGGAUUGCCUGGUCAUUUUUGAUGCCGGGGAGCAGUUGUGGCGUUUGCCCUUAAGAGAGGCAAGAUGGCAAGAUCCUUUGGAAGAGUGAGACUGUGGGCCUGUGGCCCGUGCGGCCCGUGUGGCCCGUGUGGCCCGUGUGGCUCAGGCUAAGCGCCGCCCAGUACAGUACGCGGGAAAGGAAUGGUCUGGUCCAGAGUGUUGCUCCGAGAUGCUGAGAAAAACAGCAUUUCAAGCAACUUCUAAAGCAAGCAGGAGCUGGUGGGUGCUUUCAAGUAUUUUUGAAUGCCUAUUUUCCAUCCUACCGGUACCUGCCAAAAUAUACAAUCC